AUGGAUCCCGAGAAGCCCGAUUUCAGCCAGCGAGAGGACCUCAGAAAGCCCGACUUGGAAGAGAUUGGCGAGCGGGAAGGAUAUGUUCUGAAUGAUGUCUCGCUUGCUCAUGAACGCGGCCUGAAGACUACGGCCGAUGGACAAAUCAUUCUUAUCCCUCAGCCAAGUGACUCACCUAAUGACCCGCUGAACUGGACUCCAUUCCACAAGCACCUUGUCCUCAUCAUUAUUUCAUGUACGGCGUUUUUGCCUGAUUAUGGCAGUGCCACUGGUGCCGUGACGCUAACGCCGCAGGGAGAGGAAUGGAACAUGAAUCCUAAUGUUGUCAAUCAUUCUCAGGUUGGCAAUGUUUUCAUGCUCGGCGCUGCUGGUCCUAUCGUCGUGGCUCUAUCAGCUUAUUUUGGACGAUAUUCUAUUCUUUUCUGGUGGAUGCUUUUCGCUUUGGCUACGGCGAUUUGGUGUGCUGGUGCACAAAGCUUUGAGUCUUUCAUGUACCAGGCUGCUCGGAUUCUCAACGGGUUUUUCUCAACGGUUGCUCAAAGCGGCGGGUUGAUGUUCAUAAAGGACAUGUUCUUCCUCCACGAACACGCGCGCAAAAUCAAUAUCUGGUCCGGUUUCAUCAUUCUCUCACCCUAUAUGGGCCCGCUGCUGGGCUCAUUCAUCGUCAACACCCAAAUCUGGCAAUGGGCGUUCGGCGUCUACGCCAUCGAAACAGGUCUCUGCCUUAUAGCCAUCAUUCUCUUCGUGGAUGAAACAUACUACGACCGCAAGACCGUCCAGCCGGAACUCGUUCCUAAUGGUCCGCGUUGGCAACGUAUGCUGGGUAUCCAGCAGGUUCGGACGAAGUAUAUUAAGAACUCGUUCAAAGAUGCAUGCAUGCGACCUGUUACUAUGCUUCGCAAACCUGUCAUUGUCCUUAUCGUGAUUGCUUACAUGCUUAUGUUUGCGUGGGUUGUUGGUAUCAAUACCACGUUGUCGAUUUUCCUUGCGCCGAAAUAUGGAUUUGGGGCUAAGGCUAUCGUAGCAGCUAUUAUCGGUGAAAUCACUGGGCAUUGGCUGCAUGAUUUCAUCGCGAAGACAUAUGCCAAACGAAACAAUAACCAUCUCGAUCCUGAAGCCCGACUUUACGCUAUCUGGUUCGCCAUGCCUUUCCUUGUACCCGGUCUGGUUUUAGUUGGCUUCGCGCUUGAGCGACACUACCACUAUAUGCUUGCUGCACUGGGCUGGGGCCUCUACGUCUUUGGUAUUAUGAUUGUUACUGUGGCUGUGAACUCGUACGUACUUGAUGCGUAUCCCGAGGCGAGUGGAGAGGUUGCGGCUUGGGUAAACUUUGGACGUACGACGGGUGGGUUUAUUGUGAGCUAUUUUAUGAUUGAGUGGGCAGAGAAGGAGGGGACGAUCAAGCAAUUCGGGACUAUGUGCGGGAUUGUGGGGGCGGCGUUCUUUAUUGUGGUCGCGUUGCAGGUUUGGGGGAAGGGAUUGAGGGCUUGGAGUGGGCCAGCGAGGUUCAAGACUGCUUAG